AUGAGAACCAAAGACAAGUUGAAGAGUUGGGGCUGCAUUGAUGAGGAUGUGUGUGUGUUUUGCAACAAGGAUAAAGAGAAUGUGGAUCAUUUAUUCUUUACCUGUGAUGUUUCUCGAAGGAUCUUUAAGAAAGUCUUGGAAGCUUGUAUGAUUUUCAAGGAUGUUGAGAGAUGGAGAAGGGAGUGGGCGUGGUAUGGCAGGAAAGCUUCUGGUAAGAGCAUUAUGGCUAGAGUUAGAAGAAUUGCCUUCAUUAGUUCUAUUUAUCAGAUUUGGAGAGCUAGAAAUAGAAAGGUUUUUGAGAAUGAAGCUAUCAAUUCCCUUGCUUUUAGAGUUGUUGCUUGCUAUAGUUGUUUAGAGUUGUUUGCUUGGGCCUAUUCAUCACCGGUGACAGCCAGUGCCGAUACGACGAUUGCGUUAAUAGGCCUCACUUCAAAAUUGUGGCUUCUGUUGUUUGAACUUGACUAUGAUGAAUUGGGUUUGUUGUUUGAUGAAUUAGAUGGUGGUUUAGUCUUGGCGGGAAGACUCCAAUCAGUGGGACUGUCAUAUUCUUUACUGGAGUGUUUAUGCAAAAGUUUCUUACAUAAAAGCAGGCUAAGGCAAGCAAGGGUACUGCUGACCACGUUGCUUCAGAGGCUUGAAAAACAUGGAAGAUUGGAGGCGGUUUGUCAUUUGCUAGGAAGCAGCGAGUUAUUCGUUCUCUGGUCACCAAAAAUAAUGCUUGUCUUAUCGGAGGUAUUCUGUGUGUCUGGAAUAAAACUCUCUUCAAUCCAUAUAGGAUUAGAAUGGGAGCUCGUUGGAUUAGUUUGGAAUUCAUUUGGUUCUCUACGCCUAUCCGAGUCAUUUUUGUCUAUGCUACAAUUUUCUGAUUUUAUUUCGGCUUCUAGUUUGAUAGAAUCUCCGCUUCAAGGGCGCCACUUUACUUGGCAGAAUAGUGUCUCUAAGUCCAAGCUUGAUCGGUGUUUCACCUCAACAUCUUUACUAGCUUCUUGGCCUCACUCAAUUUUACAGGCUUUACCCAGAUCUUACUCGGACCACAUCCCGAUUGCUUUCAAAUCUGAAGUAGUCUCUGAUUGGGGUCCUAAGCCUUUCAAGUCAAUCAAUGCCUGGUGGGAUCACUCUGCUUUCCCUUCAUUCAUCUUGAAUGCUUGGAAUAAUAUUUCGGUUAAUUUUCCUCCUGGAGAUUUGGUGGUGAAGUUGCGUCAGCUGCGAUCUAUGAUUAAGGUUUGGAAUAAAGAGGUUUUUGGGGAUCUUAACACAAAAUUACUUUCUGUUGAUCAGGAAAUUCAAACCUUGGAAGUUGCUUCAGAUUUUAACGCCUUAACUGACAUGGAAGUGGAUCGGUUAUCUUACUUGAGGGCGGAAAAUAAUUUAAUCUCCAACCAACUGGAGUCUCUUUGGCGUCAAAAAUCCAGAGUUAAGUGGAAUCUUCAUGGGGACCGUAAUACGAAAUUUUUUCACACCUCAGCGUCGGUGCAUUCUAAGAACAGCUUCAUCUCUGAGCUAUUUGUGAACGGCAUCCGGUUCUCUUCAGCUCAGGGUAUAAAGGAUCAGGUUCAUCUUUUCUACAAGAAUCUUUAUAAGCGCAGCAACUGUGUUGUUUUUUCUCUUGCUUCCCUGCCGAUCCUUAGCCUGUCCGAACCUCAAGGUGCUUCUUUGACUUCGGUUUUCUCGGAGGAUGAGGUGUUAUCGACUCUUUUGGGUCAGGAUGAUAACAAAGCUCCUGGGCCUGAUGGCUUUAACUAUUUCUUCUAUAACAAAGCCUGGCAUCAACACGGCUUUCUUGGUGCUUAUCCAAUGUUCAUCGGAGCUUCAGAGCUUUCUGACUUCAGACCUAUCAGUUUUAUUAAUGGCAUUUUCAAGUUGCUUAGUAAGGUGUUGGCGAAUCGUUUAUUUCCUUUACUGCCUUCCAUCAUCUCUGCUAAUCAAUUUGGUUUCAUCAAGGGUCGCAAUAUCCACGACUGCCGCAUGAUAGCCUCGGAAAUCCUGCACUUAGCGUCUCGUCGAAAGGAGCAGCUCUUCCUUAUUAAGCUUGACUUUAAGAAAGCCUUCGACAGCAUUUCUUGGGAUUUCAUUCUUAUGAUGAUGGCUAGAAUGAAUUUUCCUAAGCUUUGGAUUGAUUGGAUUUCUUUGCUAUUUAAUUCUUCUCAGCUAUCGGUUCUGGUUAGUGGUUCUCCUACUCACAACUUCUUCAUGGGAAAAGGUGUGCGAGAAGGCGACCCGAUCUCUCCUAUGCUUUUUGUGUUGGCUGUAGAAGGGCUUAAAGCUUUGUUUGAUAAAGCUAUUUCUCACUCUUUUAUUGACGGUGUUCAUAUCGAUGGUUAUCCUGAUCCGGUCUCUAUUCUUCAAUUCGCGGAUGAUACUUUAAUUUUCAUUCCUAAUGACAUGAAUAUGAUCGUAAACCUUCUCCGAAUUCUCCGUUGUUUUGAGAAAGUUUCCAGCCUUCAUAUUAACUAUAAGAAAAGUUCUAUUCUUGGCGUCAAUGUUGAUGAUGCUUCUCUGCAAAUGGCGGCUUCCAUCCUUAAUUGUCCUAUCAGCAGCUUACCGAUCAUGUAUUUAGGAUUGCCUCUUUCUUUGAGACCGAUAAAAGCAGCUCUUUGGCAGCCUGUUGUUACUAAUUUUCACAACCAAUUAGCUUCUUGGAAGGGAAAUCUGCUUUCGCCCGCUGGAAGACUGAUACUUGUUAAAGCGUGUCUGAGUAGUUUACCGGUUUAUUUUAUGUGCUCUUUUUAUAUGCCUCAAUCAGUCCUUCUUUUACUGGAUCGUUGCAUGAAGAUAUUUUGGUGGUGUGGUUCUCCUAAUGGCAAAGGUCUUUGUAAAAUAUCUUGGUCGAAGGUUUGUCUUCCAUUCUCGUUAGGUGGUUUGAAUAUCACCCCUUUUCGGAUAAAGAAUAAGAGCCUUCUUUAUAAAUGGAUCUGGAAGUUGAUCUCUCCUUCGAACCAAUUGUGGUUCUCGGUUAUUUGUCAGAGUUGCUCCUUAAACUCUUGGCACGAUAUUGAGGCUUCUAAGUAUUAUCUUCUUUCGCAUACUUGGAAAGGCAUUUUUAAUGCUUGUGUUAAAGAUUCCGAGCAAUGGAAAAGCUUUACUUCUUGUGUUUCAUUCCGUGUGGGUACAGGCGACUUGAUCAAGUUUUGGCAUGACGUUUGGCUUUAUAGCGUUCCUCUUAGGCAUCGUUUCCCUAAUCUGUAUCGCAUCCGCAGAUCUAAAAACAGCAUGGUGGUUGACUUCUUCAGUCAAGGAGCUGCUGUCUUUGAGCGCACCUCCUGGAACCGUCGGCUAAGAAUUGGCGAGGAGGAGGAUUUAGAGCUACUGCUAUCGGAUUUGCGAUCUGUUUCCUUCCCUGGGAGUCCUGAUGAAGCGUACUGGCAGAAUAAGGUUAGUGGUCAGUUGCAAUCUCAGCUGAAUUUAGGAAUCUUUAUUCCCUCUAUUUGGAAGCUUAAUAUCCUGCCGCGCAUUCAGUUUUUUAUGUGGUUAGUUGCUUGGGAUCGCAUCUCUUGUAAUGCUUCACUAGGGGCGAGAGGUAUUCUUAACCCUUCUCUUAUAGGCUGUUCGGUUUGUCACAUCGAGGAAACUUCAUCGCAUAUUUUAUUGCAUUGCUCCUUUGCUUGGAAUUUGUGGUGUUUCAUCUUUUCUAAAUGUGGCAUCAUUUGGGUUUCUCCUUAUACCACUGAGAGUUUUUUCAUCCUAUGGAAUGACUUCUCCUUAAACGCUUACAAAGAUUUGUGGAAGCUCAUUUGGUUCUUUUGCGUUUGGGAAUUAUGGAAGGCGAGAAGCAGGCGUGUUUUCAGAGGAGAUUCGACGCAGAUUGAAGCUUUAGCGCAUUUAGCUAUUUCUAGAGCUGUUAUGUAUUAUGCUUGUUUUCAUCCUAGAAUCCCUUAUUCAGGAAAUGACGUAUUUAGAUGCUUAAAUUGCUUUGUAAAGUUGAACUAG